AUGCUGAGAGAGGUAAAAGUGGGUUUGGACGAAAAGGGCGGGAAUAGACCUGGGACUUUAUAUGGUCUAUCACAUCGUAUAUGGCUAUUGAUAGUAGGUAUAAUUGGUCUUCUCACCUUAUCAAGAUUCUUAUUCCCAUCAUCGGACCCAUCAUCCUCACCAUACGCUACUACCGGUGGUCUCCUAACACCACGAGAUUACUUAAAUGCCUCAGCUGCCGAUCCGGCUCCAUUCGAUUUUUGUCCCGUCUUUGGACCAGGCGAUAAGAUAGCUGAGAAGAGAGGUCAAUGGGGAUUGUUAAAAUCUAGAUUACACGUUGGAAGCGGUGCGAGAAUCCAGAGAGUUGUUCAGAAAGCUAUGGCUGGCUCGCCUGUUACGAUAAGUAUUUUGGGUGGAUCAGUCUCCGCAUGCCACGGUGCAGGUGAUGAUCCAGUUUCACCUCGAUGUUACCCUGCGAAAUUCUUCGAUUGGUGGAACUCUGUUUUCCCCCACCCAGCAUCAGAAGUAACCAAUGGAGCAGCACGAAAAACCGAUUCAGCCUAUUUCGCUUAUUGUUCAAUGCACCAUUUACCUGAUCAAACCGAUUUGGUCAUUUUGGAGUUUGACGCUUCGGACCCGAAUGAUCCUGAAUGGUUAACGCACUUUGAAUUGCUCGUUCGAUCAAUCUUGGUCAGACCUGAUCAACCUGCCGUUAUCAUCUUGGGCCAUUUCUCCCCUCAGAUCCAAGCUCAAAAUGGCUUUGCUGGUCCAGAACUCUUACAUACUGUUGUCGCUCAAUUCUACGAUGUUCCUCAUAUCAGUGCAAAAGGACUCCUAUAUCAAGAUUAUUUAUCUGACCCUGAACAAGCUCGAACUUCAUUCUUCACCGAUCCAGUGUUGGCCAACGCGGCAGGGCACGAAUUGAUUGCGGAUAUCAUAAUAUCUUAUAUGCAAUCUCAGAUCUGUGCCGGAUGGGCAGCGACGAUGGGACACGCGUUUGACGUACCUUACAUGGGAGGACCAUCUACCGACCAAAUCGUUCUUCAAGGAGAGUCGGCUCAGUCGAAAGAGGAAUUAGAAGCUGAAGGAGGAGGUAUAGCAGCGAAACAAAGAGCUAUCAAAGUUCCUCAAGCGAUGUUAUCCGAUCGACCAUCUGAUAUUUUAAGAUUCAGAGAAGUAAACCCUUUCUGUGUAUCUGCAAAUGAUCUCAUUAAUCCCCUUCCACCUUCACAUUUCUUCGGAUCGGGUUGGUACGCUCAUCAUCCAUCCAAGGGUGCGGCGCAGGAAGAGAAACAUUAUUGGUAUGCUGAAUUGGCGGGAAGUAAAUUUAGAGUACCGAUCACGCUGAGUGCGGGUGAGGUGGCUAUAUAUUAUUUACAAAACCCCGAGGACCGACCACUAGGUAGAGCAGCAUGCUGGGUAGAUGAUAAUUUUGCAAACGCAGUGGAAUUGAGCGGUAUUGCCGAUGUGCACGAUACGACGCCAACAUUGACGAUCAUCGAUUCUGGUGUUGCUGCUGGACCUCAUUAUGUCGAAUGUAAUUUACUUGGACAGGAGGGUCAGAAGACAGCUCCAUUCAAGAUGUUGGGAAUGUAA